UGUCAAAGUUUGUUAUUGUUUGGAAUCAGUUCAUCAGCGCGAAAGGCAGGAGCUGACAAAGACGAUAAAAAUGGAAAAUAUAUUGGAUUUUCGCCUCAUUUGCUGCACCUGUUUGAAUGUUACGCAUAGCACGAUCUCGGUUUACCACAAGGAUCUGAAGUACAGCGUUUCGCUUGCGGAAAUGAUCAACAAAACCAGCUCGAUUGAGUUGAAACCGACCGACGACUAUCCAGAUAAACUGUGCUAUACGUGUGCCGAUAAGCUACGGAUUGCCUACGAGUUUCGGUUGAUGUGUGACGAUUCUAAUAGUAUCCUUCUCAGCCAUCGGAACCAGUCCAAAGACACUCCAGCGCCAUUGACACUUGCUGAACCAGAAUAUGAAGAUCUGAUUAGUGAAGAAAGCGUUCCUUUACCGGAUACAAGCAACGACUUGACCGAUGUCGUCUUUGUUGAAGAAUAUCUGGAGGAAUACCUGUUGGAUUCGGAAGAUACUGCACCGUCCAACGAUGGACAAAUCACUGAACAACAGCAUUCCGAUAUUUCGACCUCUGAAGACGUCAUCGUUGAGGAGCACUUGGAUGCCGUGGAAGAGUAUUUAGACUGCGACACUAGCGAUACCAAGCCAGCGAUCGCCACCGCGGAUGAAGAUGCGGAGCAAGUGAACGAAAAUCAGUGCCCAAUUUGUGGUCAAAUUCUAAGCAAACUGGCGCACCUGAGACGCCACCUAAAAAUUCACACCCGCACCAAAACCUUCUCCUGUACCCAGUGUCCGAAGAGCUUUGCACGAUCGGAUAAUCUACGAGCGCAUGAGAAAAAUCACUCCCUAGAGCGGCGUUAUAAAUGCCCGCAGUGCAGUCAGCGCUUUAAAAGGAUGGAUGCGGUAAAGGUGCACAUGUACGUACGGCACAAACUGUACGUGGAAACACAUUUCCACGUUUGCUCCUAUUGCAACACGUUUUUCGAGACCAAAGAGCAGCUGGACACGCACAUCGGUAAGCACCGCCGGGAGAAGCAAUUUGUGUGCCAUAGCUGUGGCAAAACGUUUGCCGAACUGUUGCGGUAUGAAUUGCAUAUGGAAAAGCAUACGACUCCAACGUCGGAUACGGAAACGUUCGAGUGUUUCCAUUGCUCGAAACUGUUCGAUAGCAAGAAACAACUCGCCGUUCACAUACGCUAUCAUACGGCGGAAAAGUUGUACAAGUGUAAAUACUGCGACAAAGCUUUUGCACGGAAACCGGAUUUGAAGAUUCAUGAAGACUAUCAUACCGGCACAAAGAACCAUACGUGCCGAACGUGCGGGAAAAGCUUCUAUCAAAAAAGUACGUUAAAAACGCACAUGCUGACGCACACCGACGAAAAACCGUUCCUGUGCUCGCAUUGCCCAAAACGGUUUAGCCAGAAGUACGACAUGAUUGCACACGAGCGGCGCCAUACAGGUGAACGGUUUCAGUGCUUUAUGUGCACGGAACAGUUUAUUCACGCUCAUCAGUACAAUUCCCAUUUGAAAAUAGUGCACGAUUGCGAUGUGGAGUGUCGCAGGCGGAGCGUGAAAAAGUUUUUCCACGCAUCGACCAAACGGACAGAAACGGAACGGAUGCCGCCGGAGAGUACCGAUAAAUGUAAUUAAGCAUUAAAUGGCUAUUUGUAAAAGUAAGCUUGCCGCAAUGUAGAAUAAAUGUUUUAUGUGAAUGUUUAGAUUUAUUCGAA